CGCGUCUGGAAUGUGGUUCUCCAGUCGGAAAAUAGGCAAUCGCUGAUCGUUCACAGAAGUGUGGGAUGCCAAAUAAACCACCAACGUCGAAGUAAUCAAACUACGUUUUCACGUCGACUCGUGUGGGCGUGUGUUCACGGACGACUGAAAAGAUUCUCCUAGCCUUUCCACUGGUGAGGCGUAUGCCCUGAAGUUCACGCUGCGCAAAAUGAAUGAUCAGAUGGUCAGACAGCGCGUAAGGAAUCACAAUCGUGAUUUCCUACCACAGCACCAUGGGACACGAACUCGGAACAAUAAGUACCUGCUACCAACACCAACUUCACAUCUAGUCAUAGUAUUAGCUCUUUUUCUAGUCCUGUGUUUGCUCAUCACUUAUCUGGAAAAACAGUUACCAACACCACUUAUGGAAGAAGAUGCUGCCACACAUCCUGGAAGAUUCAUAUCUGAAAGAGCCAUGAAAGAUUUAGUCAAUCUCACAAGCAUUGGUCCAAGACCAACAGGGAGCUAUGAAAAUGAAGUGCUUGCUGUUCGGUGUUUAGCAACAAGAAUCAACAAAAUCAUUAAAGACGCAAAGUCCUCUCAUAAAAUCUGGCUUGACCUUCAGAAGACAAGUGGAGCAUUCCCCCUUUCGUUUCUGGAUGGGAUGACUAAUGUUUACAGAAAUGUACAAAAUAUUAUUGUUAAAGUUGGACCUAACAGUGGAAGUCGUCACAGCUUGUUGAUGAAUUGUCACUUUGACACUGUGCAGGACAGCCCAGGAGCCAGUGAUGAUGGAGCUAGCUGUGCUGUAAUGCUGGAAAUAUUUAGAGUAAUAACACAGAGAGAUGAACCUCUGAAUAAUAAUUUAAUUUUACUGUUUAAUGGUGGUGAAGAAAAUCUUAUGGAGGCUUCACAUGGUUUCAUCACCAAACAUAAAUGGGCAAAAGAGGUCAGAGCUUUCAUAAAUCUUGAAGCCUGUGGUGCUGGAGGCAGGGAGGUUCUCUUUCAAGCAGGCCCAAAUAAUCCAUGGCUAAUGCAGAAGUACUCUGAAUCUGUUCCAUACCCAUAUGCUUCAUCAUUGGCACAAGAAAUAUUUCAAAGUGGUAUUAUUCCUGGUGAUACGGACUUCAGAAUUUUCAGGGAUUUUGGGCACAUUCCAGGUCUCGACUUCGCAUGGUCAACAAAUGGCUAUGUGUACCAUACUAAAUAUGACAAUGUGGAACAAAUUCCAUUGGGUACUCUGCAGAGAACGGGUGACAAUAUUCUGGCUCUUACUCUCAAUAUGAUCAACAGCCAGGAAAUCGUUGAGGCAGAACAACACAGUGAAGGAAACUUAAUAUUCUUUGACUUCCUGGGAGCAUUCAUUGUGCGGUGGUCUCAACUGUUGAACAGAUUCAUGAACAUUAUUGCAGUUGCUUUUUCGGUUUAUACUGUGAAGCAGAAUAUGAUAGCUGCCACUGAUCAUGAUGUGAAGAAAAAUGUGUACUGGAGACAUCUUAGUAUGACUGCAGUGUCUGCUAUAUGUUCAUGGCUAUUAGGAAUUUUGGCAUGUAUAACAAUAGCUGUUGUUCUUACUUCAAUAGGAUGUACUAUGAGCUGGUAUGCUAGGCCAGUAUGGAUUUUUUUCUUGUACAUAAGCCCUGCACUUGCUGUGCCAAUGGCUUUUAUCCUUGGCCUUAGCCAUAUUCAGAGAAAGGUGUUCUCCUCUCCAUGGACAGUUUUCCAACUGUAUUGUGAUGGUUAUCAAAUUGCAUGGACCUUAAUACUCACAUUCUGCACUUUACUAUCAGUGCGCAGUGGUUUUGUUGCCUGGAUGUGGACAUUUUUUCCAUGUAUUGUGAGUCUGUUGCAGAGAAUAACCUACCGUCGUUGGAGAGACUGGAAGUGGCUUGUCCUGCAUGUUGGUGUCAUCCUUCUACCAUUUUGUCAGUGUUUUUAUUUAAUACUUGGUGCAAUGGGUCUGUACAUACCCAUCAUGGGACGUGCUGGUUCAGGCAACUAUUCUGAAAUUGUUCUGGCUGGCAUCACUUCAGCAAUGUUUGUUUUGUUGUUCAGUUUUAUAACUCCACUGAUACUACUAGUGAGAAGACCAACAAGGAUACUUGGUCUUUUUGGAGGCCUUUCUCUCCUGGCUGUUAUUCUUUUAAUUUUAACACCUCUGGGCUUCCCAUAUUCAGGGGAUCCAGCUUCUCCUGCACCACAGAGAUUCAUGAUAGCACAUACAAAACAAGUAUUCCACGAUUCAUCAGGCAGAGAGUAUCACCACGAGUCUGGUUAUUGGCUAGUUGACAUGGAUGUGAACAGCCCCCAGUCUGUGAAAUCCAUAGUUCCUCACAUAGAACAAGCAAAAAUGGUACAUACUUCAAGUGAAGAAUGUCGCCGUCAACUAUAUUGUGGCUUCCCAUAUCUGCUACCUGUCAUUACAUUCCUGGGGAAGACACACUGGAUUCCUGCUCCAGAUCCACCAGUUCCAAUACCAGUAACACUGAAACUUGUAUCCAAGGAAAAUAUUGGUAAAAAUUUGCUGAACAUGACAUUUACAGUAACAGGACCAGACCAUAUGGGGAUAAUGAUGGCUCCUGCCAAUGGAUUUCAGCUCCAAAGCUGGAGUUUCGUUGAAGGUGAGCCCCUUGUAGGUCCAAAGUGGAAUGAGAGGGACACAUACUUUAUUUAUUAUGGCUGUGCUUCAGAUCCAGUUCCUUGGACGUUCUGGAUAAUUCUAAAGGGCGAAGGAAGAAUUAACGAAACACUGGACAUAGCAGUGACAAGUCAUUUUCUACAUGGACCACACAAGACUUCACAAGGACUUGACCAGCUUCUACAGUACUUCCCAUCAUGGACAACUGUAUCAGCCUGGGUUGCAACAUACUCUUCAUGGAAAUUUUGAAGUUUUGAACUGUUAAACACAGUAUAGACAUAAUGAAUGAAUCAAGCUCCACAGGACUUGGUUUAUGGAUUUUAUUUUGUCUCCUGUAGGAGACACAUGGUAAAUGUACAGUUUUGUAAUACUUUUUUAAAACUGGAAGGGCCUCUGCUGUUAUUGCUGGCGCUACUUUAGCAGAAAUAUUUUUUUUUCCUGUUAAAUAUUCACUUUUGAGUGACACCAUUAGUUUACAGAAUGUAUUGUUAAGAACAGUAUUUACUUAAUUUUUUAUUCAUUUUAUAUUACAUUGAUCUCUCAGGAAUCAGUAGUAAUCUUUGGAAUCUUUUAUGUCUAUAUAUGAACUUCGAUUCCUGUACUGUCCGUAAACACAUGGCACACUUUGGCCUUACAUAACACUAAGAGUUAUGUGUUUAUUUGAAAAGCUUUUUUACAGUUACUAAGUACUGGUAAUAUCAGCAGAAUGUAAUAAAUAUUAUACAACCACUGUUUGGUAUCAAUCCUUCAUUUUAGUCAAACAUCAUAAGCUAUUUGUAACUAACAUUAUGUGAAAAGACACAAAUGUGUGAUACGGCAAUACAUAGGAGAGACACAUACAUAACUCAUGUGCAAGUACUGAAUAUUGUCUACCUAUAAUUUGUAACUUGUAUUUAAAAUUUUUGUAAGCCCUUUCAAGUUCGAUAGGAAACAGUUUUUGAGCAGUAUUUUUUUAAGUGUGCUGUGUUAUCAUAUAAAGCAUUGUUGAGAUUGAAUAUUGGCUAUUAAGGCUGUGUAGAAAAAAUGUAAAAGAAAUUGGCAGAUAAUAUCUACCACUACAAUCAUUAACAUAUCUACAAAAUGUUUUUUAAAAUGCUAAAUUUGUUAACAUUGUUGAGAGAGUAUAGUUUUUUAUAGAUGUUUUCGUAUUGGACAUUUAAGAAGGGACAUUAUUUGUUUGCUUUGCAGCAGUUGCUAAUUUUGUUGUUUGAAAAACCUAUUGUCUAAGCGAUCAUAGGUUUACUAUUAACAGACAAGCUGUUAAAAUGUGUUCUAGUAGAAGGGAAAUGUAGACAGCUUUCAUCCCGGGAACAGUGUCUGUAUUAUCUUGUUGAUACAGAUCCUUAAAAAUCAAGUUUUACAUGACAGUGAUAAAAAUGUUCAAAGUAUUAACCAGUACUUAAGUAUACAUGUUGCAUACAAUAGUUUUGUGUGGAUGAGAAUAUUUAUGAUGAAAAUGGAAGUGAUCUGUGUCUGUGAAAGUCAUUUUUUUUAACUGCUUUUAAUUGUGAUAAGUGUGCAUGCUUAACAAAAUGAUUCAAAGAUACGAAUGUUAGAAAUUCGUAUAUUUUGCUAGUAUGUUCAAGGAAGUUGAAUGUGAGUCUAGUCCUGUUUGUGAUCUGUUGUGUUUGUUAUUACAACAGUGUGUUCUACACAAAUGUUUGUAUUCACAGCUAAUUAAGUUUAUUCCAUGGUUUGAAACUUUGUUCUUAAGGGUAUGAUAAAAAAUUGAGGUUGACAGUUUUUUGCAUUGUGUAUUGUUUUAUUGUUGUUUUUAUAUUUACACACAGGUGUUUCAUACCAUCACACUACAUAACCAGGAUUUUUAUCACUGUCUUUCCUUCCCUGCUUUGUCCCUAUUCUACCAGUCUUUCUACUUUAGUAGUCUCCAAUGAGCUAUUGACACUAUCCACUAGGUUGUACUGAUAUCAGUUGUCUCUUUUGCACCACUGUUGUUUUUUACUGAAAGUAUAUUAUAUCUCUCAUUGUAAUCAGAUUUAGACUUAAUGAAUAUGUGCAGUUCACAAAUGGGGGGGGGGAUGCACAUAUCACUCAAAUAACGUAUGUCCGAGUGGAAUCGUAAUGCUAAUUUUAAGGAAACUUGUGUAAUCAGUUGUAUGAUUAAGAAAUUGUCAGUAGGGUGUUCUCAAUUAUCAUAUUUUGUUUGUGACUAUAAACAGCAUUUGAGCAACAUGUCUGAUUCAGUGACUGACACCUCUUUAAGGCACUGAGAAUUUGUGACUGUAUGUAGAAAUGCUUUUGCUCAGUAGUAUGGUGCAAACUCAGAAUUUUUAAUUAGUAUGAGCAUCUACUUGUGUGUGCACUCAGUAUUCAUGUAACAACAAUCUAAGAUGAUUAUUAUUGUGUACAAAAUUGUUGAGGCCUUCCUAGCCACUUCAAGUUCACCACUCAUGCUGGUGAAAUAUUUAAAAAAUUGUAAAACAAACAUUGGCCAAAAAAUCUGACACAGAAACCAACAGGCAGUACACCAAUUAUUAUUUUAGCAGCACUGAAGCAAUCUUUCCACAUUUCUCAAAUUGGCAACAUACUGGUUCAAACAUAAAAUUUAGACACUGUUAUUGUGGUUAAUAGUCAUGUGAACUGCCACAUCCCUGUCAGUUAUCAUCCUGUAAUGUAUAUUUUUACCAUUGUGUACAAAAUGAUAAAUUAUUCCAUUACAGCUUUCAAAAUCAAGGUUUUUCAAAAUAUAAUAAUGGUUGAAGCAGGUACAGAAACAUCGUACCACAUGCUCAUAUAAAUAGAACAUUCAAAGUAUAAAUAUGCCACAUACAGUUUUUCAGGUAGUACAGUUAUCAGCUAAAGACUUCUUGGUUUCAAAAAACAUUCAGUUUGUGUUUUUUGUUGGUAACACAUUUCCUGAAAUAAUAUUUCUUUCAUAAUGCCUAAAAUCAGAUUAGUCAGACACUUUACCUAGAUUCACUCAGUUGGUACAACAAUAUGGCAGCUGAAAUGAAAGUGUACUUGUUUCAUGGUCGUGGUUACUAUCUUUAUUUCAAUGUAAGUUAAUUUUGCAUGUAGAAUACUCAAUAAAAUACUGUUAUGGGUUUA